UGUAGUAGUGUGACAUAAGAAGUGUGCUGCAUUUGCUCUGCUUUAGCAGACUCCACAGAUGGACUCGAGCAGCCUUUGCCAGGGUGACAUUGCUGAGCCUUUGACCCUCAGUCUGAAUGAAGCACAGUUGGAUAUACUGGGGCGGCGGGUCAGGAAGGAGUCCUGGUCAGUUUUGGACAAGUUGAGGUCAGAGCGAUGGUGUUCUGGUCCCCGGCUGAAGAGCUGCUUCUUCUCCUGUGUUCCUGUGUUGUCGUGGCUGCCUCGUUACUCCCUCAGACAGAAUGCCAUCGGAGACCUCGUCUCAGGCAUCAGUGUGGGCAUCAUGCACCUGCCCCAGGGGUUGGCCAAUGCCAUGCUGGCCGCUGUGCCCCCGGUGUUUGGCCUCUACUCCUCUUUCUACCCCAUCCUCCUCUACUUCAUCUUCGGGACAUCCAAACACAUCUCAGUGGGUACAUUUUCCAUUCUUGCCAUCAUGAUUGGGACAGUGCUGGGUGAUCUGAAGUUGCUAGGCAACAGGGGGGAUGCAAGUGAGAGUGACGCUGACAUGGCCAGAGUGAGUGCGGCAGCUCAGCUCACCAUCAUGUGUGGACUCAUACAGAUGGUGCUGAGUGUGCUGCACUGUGGGGGUGUGUGUCGCUGGCUCUCCCGGCCAUUAGUUGGGGGAUACACCACUGCAGCGGCCAUCCACGUCACCAUCCACCAGCUACCUCUGCUGGCAGGCAUCGCCAUAGACCGGCAUGCAGGGGUCUGCGCAGUGUUCUGGAUGAUGGGAGAUGUUUUGUCUGGAUUGGACAACGCGUCGCCUGGGGCGUUAAUUGUCUCUGCUGUUUCCAUGGUAACUCUGGUCGGGGGAAAGGUGCUCAACAGCUACUUCAAAAAACACCUACCCAUGCCUAUUCCAUGGGAACUAGUACUGGUCAUUUUGGCCACCAUCUUGUCUUGGCAGCUGGAUCUCUUGGGAAAUUACAGAGUUCAGGUGGUGGGGACAGUACCCACAGGUCUGUCCGCUCCCUCUCUUCCACCUCUGUCCCUCUCUCAGGACCUGCUGCUGCCAGCAUUCGCUCUGGCUGUGGUUGGCUUCGGUUUCACUGCCUCCCUGGGAACCAUGUUUGCCCUGAAGCAUGGCUACACCAUCGACAGCAACCAGGAGCUGUUGGCGAUGGGUCUGUGCAACUCUAUAGGAGGGAUGUUCCAGUGCUUUGCAGUCAGCACGUCUAUGUCCCGCAGUAUGGUGCAGGAGAGCACUGGUGGAAAGACUCAGGUGUCUGCCCUGGUGUCUGCCCUGUUGAUGCUGGUCAUCCUGCUGAAGGUGGGGGCCCUGUUUGAACAGCUGCCAAAGGCUGUCCUGGCUGUUAUCAUUCUGGUGAAUCUGCAGGGGAUUUUUGUUCAGGUCAAGGAUGUGCCGGCGCUGUGGGCCACAGACCGUGUAGACCUGUGUGUAUGGGUAGUGACAGCUCUGUGUGCCCUGGUCUUUAAUCUGGAUGUGGGGCUGGGUGCAGCGAUGGCCUUCAGUGUGUUGACGGUGGUGUUCCGGACACAGCGCUCCCAAUCCGCUGCUCUUGGGGUCAUUCCAGGGACAGAUUGUUAUAGAGACCUCAAGCUGUUCUCAGAGGCCAGACAGAUCCCUGGGGUGACCAUAUUCUCCUUUUGUAACCCUAUCUACUAUGCCAACAGUGAUCCUUACUUCAACUCAUUAGAAGAGGUUAUCCAAAGAGGCCUAGAAGAGAAUGCCUGCCCCAGUGAGGCUCCAGCAGGCCAGCAGACAGAGGUGCGGCAGCACUGUGUGAUCCUGGAGCUCAGUGGGGUCAGCUUCAUGGACUCUGUGGCAAUGAACAAGCUGAGAACAAUGGUGAAGGAGUGUGGAAACCAGGGGAUCUGGGUAUUACUUGCUGCCUGUCCAGAUGGACUCCUCACUCAGCUCCAGACUCAGGGUUUGGUGCCUGUGUGUGUUUCCUGUUCCUCUCUCUUUCCUUCUGUUCACCAUGCAGUACAACACUGCCACCAUACACUGCUACCUGACGCCACGGUCAGCGAGGUCUGAUGCUGACCCGGUCUCUCAUUGCUCAUGUCCAUCAGAAGCUAAUGCUCAGGAGAGCUAUGACACACACCUGGCACUUGGCUGUCCACCUUAACAUUCAGACCUCAAAUCUGAAACCACAAACAGGUUUCGGUAUUUGCAGUGAGAACAGGGGGUGGGACCAAUUAGCUCAUUUAUGGUUAUGGUUAUUGUAUUUAUUGACAGUGCAAUGGGUAGUUAAUAAAUAGUCACACUUUUCAGAGGAACAUGACAGAGGUUGGCGUUACAGGACAGCUGGUCGUUUAUGUUUUCUGAAGAAUAUCUAUGGAAAUAUUGGUGCGGCUUUGAAGGAAUGCAUGUACAGGUACCUCCUCACCUGUGCACAGGCCCAGCCAUGUUUUUGGAUAUGUCUGUGCACAUGGAGUUCAAAUAGCACAAUAACUUUGCCUAGUUAUUAGCUGAAGCUCACGUGGGAUGCACAUUGCCUGCCACGUUGUGUGUCAUGGAUUUAGGCCCUCAGUGUUCAGACGCAUCAAGAGACUGUGGAUCAGUCUGUCAGUCUGUCAGUCUGUGUCUCUGACGCCAUGUCUGUCUUUCUGUCUCUGGGCCUGUCUCAGAAGCCAUCUGGAUAGGCUUUUGUUUUAUCCCACCCUGAUGUGACUCAAUAGACAACAGGGUGUGUAUGUUUGAAGUGUGUGUGUGUGUGUAUGUGUGUAUGUGUGUGUGUGUGUGUUGCUUUAGAUCUGAGUCAGAACUUUUGUGAUGUCAUCAUGGGAGUACAAUUUUUCUAUAAUAUUGUCAUUGCGUCAUUGUUUCUGUAGUCACUAGACAUAUUAAGCAUUUAUUUUCUAAUUAAAAGUUUUGUGUGCGUGCGUGCGUGCGUGCGUGCGUGUUUGAGAGAGAGAGUGUGUGUUUGAGUGUGAGUACCGGUAUGCAUAUGUGUGUGUCUACAUAGAUACUUUAUAAGUUCUCUGUGAGUUUCCUACCCCUUUCGGUAACACUUUACUUGACGGGUGAAUUCAUUACACAUUCAUAGCAGCUGUCAUAAACUGCACAUAAA